GAUCAGUCCCUCCACUGCUGCUCCGACCUCCGUCUGGCGACUACCGCGGCGGUGGGGGGCUUGUUUUGAUUAAAGUUGACGGAUCUCUCUCUCUCUCUCCUCCUCCCUCAUGUGUUAUAACUCUUCACCGCUGCCUCGAAAUCCAGGAUGUUUCGUGCACUUUCCGUGGGUUUGAAGCGGCCGACUGUUGUUCGCAUCCACCGGAGGAGAAGUAAACUUUGGGAAUAAAGCGAUCUUAGAGCGGAGAGGAGCAACUUUUUCCCCCCGCCGCGGCUCCGGCGGUCCACGGGCUGACCUAUGCUAAGCUAACCCCCGCUAGCCCCGAGUCUGGAAUGCGACUGAAACCCGUGGUGAAAGUGUAGAGCCGAGCAGGAGAAAGUCACACCGCUCUCCAUGAGGACAAGGGGCGACCUUCGGAGUGAAACCUUCCCCCGCGGAGCGUCGCUUUCUCGGGUCGGAGCGGGCGCUGCAGGUGCACCUCCGGCGGCACCUGUUAAAACUCGGUGACUUGGCUCCUGUCGGCGGGGAGCUAACUUUAGCUCGUCCUCGUUAGCAUUGUUGGGGAAGUUACUUGGUUUUAUCCACCUGUUUCAGCGUCGGCCCGUCCAGUGGGGGGGUGGCUUUAGCGGCUAACCCCCGCUAGCUGGGUAUUGACCCCCACACUUGCCUCGGAGUGGCGACGUGGAUCCGCGGAGGUAGACACACACACACACUCGCUCUCCCACAGGACUUUGGACACAGUUUCUAACUCUGCCCCGGGCUACGCAGGGAAAUCCCCUCCUGUUCUAGUCGGCGAAGUCUCAAUAGAUGCGACAGCAUGGGGAAUUUUACAAGCUACUUUUUGCAGUUUUAAAGUUUUCAUUUUGUCCUAAAAGCUCCGCACCCUAUGGUGCCGCUACGGCCACCGAGAAAUGGAUGUCUCGCAGGCCGCUUUCCCAAACGGUGAAGGGCGGCCGAGCGCCGGCGGCGGCGGGACCGGAACCCUGGGGCACGCUUGGACGGAGUCCCCCACGGUACGUGCGUGGGCUCACUCCGCCCCGCUGUGUCCCACUCGAUCCUUGUGGACGGCCGCGUACGACUACGAGGCCAGCGGCGAGGAUGAACUCAGCCUGAGACGCGGCGAUGUGGUGGAGGUCCUCUCGAAAGACGCCGCGAUCUCCGGGGACGAGGGCUGGUGGACGGGUAAAAUCAACCACCGGGUCGGGAUUUUUCCUUCCAACUAUGUCACCUACCAGCCCGCUAUCUACCGCCUGCCCGCAGCCGGCGGGGCUGUGGGGGUACGGGAGCGAGUCCCCAGCUCGCCCGUCCAGAUCCCCUUCAGUGAGCUGGUGCUGGAGGAAAUCAUUGGCGUGGGGGGGUUCGGGAAAGUUUACCGGGGCACAUGGAAAGACCAGGAGGUCGCGGUGAAGGCUGCUCGGCAGGAUCCCGACGAGGACAUAACAGCCACCGCCGGCGGUGUGAAGCAAGAGGCCAAGCUCUUCUCCAUGCUGCAGCAUCCCAACAUUAUUAAGCUGGAAGGGGUGUGUUUGGAGGAGCCCAACCUGUGCCUGGUCAUGGAGUAUGCUCGAGGCGGGACGCUGAACCGGGUGCUGACCGGAAGGCGCAUCCCUCCACACAUCCUGGUCAACUGGGCCGUGCAGAUCGCACGCGGGAUGCACUAUCUGCACGAGGAGGCCGUGGUACCUCUAAUCCACCGUGACCUGAAGUCUAGCAACAUUUUAUUACUUGAAAAGAUUGAAAAUGACGACAUCGGGAGGAAGACGUUGAAGAUCACAGAUUUCGGCCUGGCCAGGGAGUGGCACAAAACUACGAAGAUGUCCGCGGCGGGAACCUACUCCUGGAUGGCUCCGGAGGUCAUCAAGUCAUCUCUCUUCUCCAAAGGCAGCGACAUCUGGAGUUAUGGCGUCCUGCUGUGGGAGCUGUUAACGGGGGAGGUGCCGUACCGUGGAAUCGACGGGCUGGCCGUGGCUUACGGCGUGGCCGUCAACAAGCUGACUCUGCCGAUACCCUCCACCUGCCCCGAGCCCUUCGCCAAGCUGAUGGAAGAGUGCUGGGACCAGGACCCCCACGUGCGGCCCUCCUUCUCCUGCAUCCUGGAGCAGCUGUCGGCCAUCGAGGAGGCGGUGAUGGCCACCAUGCCGCAGGACUCCUUCCACAGCAUGCAGGACGACUGGCGUGUGGAGAUCCAGGAGAUGUUCGAUGAGCUCAGGACCAAAGAGAAGGAGCUGCGCUCCAGGGAGGAGGAGCUGACGCGAGCCGCCCUGCAGCAGAAGUCUCAGGAGGAGCUGCUGAAGCGGCGGGAGCAGCAGCUGGCCGAGCGCGAGAUCAACGUGCUGGAGAGGGAGCUCAACAUCCUCAUCUUCCAGCUCAACAAAGACAAGCCCAACGUGAAGAAGAGGAAAGGCAAAUUCAAACGAUCCCGCCUCAAACUGAAGGACGGGAACCGGAUCAGCCUGCCCUCAGACUUUCAGCACAAGAUCACCGUGCAGGCGUCGCCAUCCAUGGACAAGAGGCGCAGCCUCCACAGCACCAGCUCGUCGCCGCCCAGCAGCCCCACGCUCAUCCCGCGGCUACGAGCCAUUCAGCUGACGUCGCGCGUGCGGAGGGAUAGUUUGUAUGUUUACCAGCAGGAUGUUGAUCUGACCAGCGAGCUCUCGGCCGGCUCGGGGUUCAGGGGGAAAGUCACCCAGGACGAGAGCAACCGUACGUGGGGCCGCAGCUCCCUCUUCAGGCCGGAGGAGUUCGACGACGUCAAGAAGGGAAUCAAGAAGAAAGGGAGGACCUGGGGCCCCAGCUCAGUGCAGAGCAAAGACCGGCCGGCUGCUGCUGAGAGAGUGCGUCCUCUGUCGGACGGCAGUAACCCCUGGUCCACCAGCCUGGUCAAGUCCCAGAAGUCUGUGCCUCUCGCCGCGCUGUUUGCUGAGCAAGCGGGAGCGGGAAAAGACGAGGCGUUCUCCCCGGACGGCCCCGACGUCAGCUCCAAACCAAAGCAGCUCAAGUUCCCCAACCAGGUGUACAUCGAUCUACCUCUGUGGAGGGACGAGCAGCAGCCUCAGGGCCCCGCCGGGCCGGGGGAGGCCGGCGGCCCGCCCGACACCCCGGACGACCCCUACACCACCACCUCCACCUCCUCCACCUCCACCACGCCGCAGCUCACCCCCACCAACAGCCUGAAGCGGGCGUCGGCCCGCCGCCGGACGGACUCGGUGCUGUACGGCUGCGGCUCGCUGCUCGCCUCCGUCGUGCUCGGCUACGACCUCCGGGAGGCGCUGAGGAGCCCCGGGGAGGACGGCGAGCCGCCGCGCGAGGAGAAGGAGAAGAAGAAGAAGGAGGGCCUGUUCCAGCGCGCCACGCGCUUCCGCCGCAGCACCUCGCCGCCCGGCGGCCGCCCCCGCAAGGACGAGGCGCCGCCGAGCCACGCCCCCGCCCCGCCCGUCAACCUGGUCUCCAUGUCGGCCAUCAUGGAGUGCAACUCCACCAAGUGCCUGCUGCAGCCCGAGGCCGACGCGGCGGAGCCCGGCACCGGGAAGGCCGAGAACGCCGCCGCCGCCGCCGCCGUCGAUCACCACGCGGAGCCGCCGAGGCCCGCCGUGGCCGGCCCGCAGAGCCUCAGCACGCCGGCGAAAACACAGACGCCGGCGCAAACCCAAAGCCAGCCGCCGGAGCAGAGCAACCACAACACGGGGACACGCCUCCGCAGGAAGAAGUACACCGUCAACCACAGCCUCAACGGGCCGCCCGCCCUGCCCCCGCCGGCCGCGCACAAGAAGCAGGACAAGAACGGAGCGGCGGAGAAGCCUGCCGGCGGCGGCGGCGGCGGCGGCGGAGGAGGAGAGGCCUUCUCCAGGCCGCGGCCGGUGUCGUUCCGAGCCAAGCCCCAUGCCUGGGCGCUGCUGCGCGGCCGCAACAAGAGCUACUCGCUGGGCCACUACUCCGGGGAGAAGGCGGCGCAGAGCCUGAACGUGGUGCUGGCGGCCGACUGCUCCCUGCUGGACAUGGACGCCGAGGGCCAGAAGCGGGACUGCACCGUGCCGCUGUGCCGCAUCCAGAGCUCCCCGGGCCGGCCCUCCGUCUUCGAGCUGGAGAAGGAGUUCCUGUCUUAGAGCCUCACGCACACACACACACACACGCACGCACACACACACACACACACAGUUACUGCCAGGCGUUCUUUGUAUUAGAAAGUAGAACUCUGCUGUGUCGUAGUUCCAGAGUCACAUCUUCGUAACGCCCGAGUCCCAGAAGGUUCAUGAUGCUCAGUCUACACACACACACACACUCAGACACACACACGGAACAUUCCAGAGCUGAUCAGCAGCUCGUCCCUCUGUGUAGCUGCCUCCUCUCUCUCUCUCUCUCUCUCCUCGUUCUGUCAGUGCAGCUCAACGUUGACCGCUGCUGCAGCUUCCUCAACACACUACCCUCACCUUUUUAUUUAUAUAUAUAUUUUUAUAGGUAAUUUAAUAUGAAGAGACUCCAGCUUCCCUUUAGCCACCAGCAGGACAUUUACAUUCCAUGUCAGUUUCAAAGCUGUGUGAUCACGCUUUUUAGAUUUUUUUUUUUUUUUUUUUUUUUUUUGUGACUUGAAAAUCAUGCAUGUACCCUUAAAAUGUUGAAGAAAAAGAAAAAGCUGAAAAAAAUGUACUAUGCCUUGUUUGUAAAUAUGAUUUUUACCCGCUGUCAGCCUAAUGCUGGCAGUCGUUUUGUAUUUUUUAAAAAAACAAAAGUGGAAAGCCGGCGUGCGGCUGGCGUCCUCGUUACACUCGGUACGUUUCCACCCCGAAGGUUUUAGAGAUGCGGGUAGAAACACGCUGGAAGUCCCGACCGGGCGGACGUGGGCUCUUCUCUUUUUAAAAGUCGUGGUCACGUGUUUUCUAAGAGUAUUUAUAGAGAUUUUUUUGUGUUUUGUUCUGUGGAGCUUCUUCCUGUCCUCAGCUCAGUGGACGGCGAACACUUGAACACUUACGACGGAGGAAUGGGCAAAAAAGGAAAAGUCUUAAUCUAAAACCGGCUCGGGAGCGUUUUCCUGUUAAAUCUCCACCUAAACCGGCCUGUACUGUAAACCCGACACAUCCGGUGCCUUAAACACAAACGGCUGCGCUGUUACGUUAAACUGCUCCGACACUGGUGGAGUUUUGGUUCAGUUUCCUUUUUAUAUGUACUUUUUAUUUUUUAAGCGAAGCAUGAGAGAAAGGCUUCUGUUGAGGAGAGGAUCAGCGUCCGCCUCCAGCCUCCGGACCCACGCCGGGUCCCGGGGUUCGCUCUGUUACCGGGGUUCAACCCCCACAUGCAGGAUCUGUGCAGCGUUUCAGAAGAAAAAUCCACCGUCGCUCGACCGACUCUCCCAGGAUUUCUCAGACGUGUCCCUCGCUCGCCGGCACAAAGACACGAAUUCCCAAACGGUGUAAAUAUAACUGUGAUUCUCCGGCGCGUCUCCGUACCACUGUGGCGUUUUCCGAUUAUUUAGAAUGUGAAGUUUUGACCACUUGACUUUCAGCCAGGUCCCACACUGCCGAGGCCUUACUAAUCACCAAGCUGCCCUUCUAAAGGUGUGUGGAAAUACCACCAGACACACACACUCACACACACACACACACACACACACAUCUCGCCAUCUUCAAACAAGCAUUCCUCCCAUCGAUUGGCAGCAUUCACAGCUUCUGUCUGCGGGACCAAAAUCACUAAAAUGAACUUCAGCUGCUCGUCAGGAGUGGGAAAAAAAAGCACGUUCCCCUCAGUGCUGCGGCGUCCGGACUUCCUGUUAAAACGUCAACACUUCCCUUUAAAAGAGCAGCAGGAAUCCCCGAACGCCGGCGUCACGCCGACUGCGUCAGGCUCAGCUGUGAGGAGACGUGCGUCAGUGAGUGUUUAUCAUUACAGUAUUGGUUUAUUUCACGCCUGAUUGAUCAAGAGUGUCAAGUUUAUCAACCUUUUGAAUAAAGUUGAAAUCAAAGACUAAAGUCGCCUCUGUUGUUCUUUCAAAGAUAAACC